AUGGCGAAAGCUAAAGACAAAGUUACUGCACUUUAUGGCAUCGGUGACCAUGUAUGGGUGCCGUGCAGGUCUACUAUUUCCAAGAACGGUUUAUUCAAAAGUUCUGACGACCAAACCUCUAGUUCUACCCAAACUGUUAAAAUAACUUGCGAUAAAAUACGUUAUUGGCCUGCUAAAAUUAUUUCCGUAUUAUUUACUGGAAACAGACAACUAUUUUCGUUCAUUAGAGUUAUGUCUAAAGAUAAUUCUCUUUCUAAAACUCCUUCUGUGACAAGAUAUUUGGUUAAACUCGUGGGUUUAGACAUAACCCAAGAAUUUUUGGAACAAGCCCUUAAAUCAUGGGACUCGUUUGAUCCUAAACCUUUACCGGAUGUCUCAAUUUCUUUCAAUUUCAAUUUAUUCAAAAAACAGUUAUCUGAUUUGUCUUCUUAUGAAAUAAUUGCUCUUUAUGUUUAUUCCGUAAGAAAAGUUUCAAAAGAAAUUGAACUAACCAUGAAGGCACGUGACCGAGAUUCUAUAACUUCCAUUAAAAACGUUAAGCGUGUAAAGAUUUACCAUGAUGAGAAAGGAAUUAAAGAUUCAAUGAAUAACUUAUCACAAAGUUCGAGAUCAAAAAAAGGUAAAAAAGGAACUUCGGCAUAUGCCAAGAAGAAAUCUUUGCCAAAAAAAUCUCUCGCAAAUUCCUCCUUUUCUGUUGAUUCGAAUUCUAAAACGGCGGUUAUCGAAACCCAUUCAUCCAAAGAAUCUAUGUUCAAUUCAAAUUCUUCGAAAGAUAUUCCUGAAACAACUCACUUUAAAGAUAAACUUCAAAAGCAUGCAAUUAACAACUACAAUGAUAGUAAUAAUAAUGCGCUUUCUGUUCCUAUUGAUAGCCGUGCCCUUAAAACAAAAUUUAUAAAGUCCAUCGGAUACGUUACUAUAGAUAAUAAUUUGUUCAGGACAACAAGAAGAGGUAAGGUUUUUGGAAAAUGGCGACCUUCUAAAAAGUCCCGCUUAUCUGAAGAUGCAAGUAUGAAUGAAAAGAAAGAAAUCAUCUUAUCAGAUAAUUUUAAGCAAGAAGUUGUGAAUGUCAGUAAGCAUAAAAAUAAAGAAAAUCCAUGCAUCCUACAAACAACCAAAUCUCAUGACAUGCAGCAACCAAGUAUUAACGUGGAAGAAAAAGUCGACAUGACCUCGCAUAAUAUUGCAGCAAAAGAUAAUGUUCAUAAAGUUGUGAAUGCACACUUAAAAUAUAAUGGUUCUACAAACGACAGCUUCGUAAUAAAUAGUGUUGUUCAGGAUGCAGAACCUAAAAGUGAUCAUUUUGAAGAUAGAUCGCAACAUAUAUGCUAUACGAUUCAACGAAGUUUGGAUGAUAACACCGAUAUGAUAAAUGAUUCAGAUGAAAAAGAAGAUGAUACUGAAUCUAUGGAGGUCGAUACACCUCUUUCUGAUGAUGUAAAAACAGAAUUAGAAAUAAACACGUCAUCCGCCAGUAUCACUUCUGAUGAUCUGCCUGCAGAACAAGUUGUUAACGUUAAGGAAUUGUCAACAAACCCUACACAGACAAAGAUGCAAAUUUUGAAUCGAAAAUCCGAUAUAGAUAAAAAGACACCAGUGUCAAAAACUCAAACGUUGAAGCAAAAUUUUGAUAGUGAGAAGAUGAAAUCACAUGAAAGCGAUGGCUGUGAGUCUAUUACCGACGUCGAUGAAAUGGAAAAAGAUUCUAUGGAGACUGAAAUGGUCGAGCAGCAAGUUGAUGAAAAUUCAGUAUCGGUUUUCUCUUCACCUUUACAAUCUUUUCGUUCUGCGAUGUUGGGAUUCAACAUUUUUUCAUGGAGCAGUAGAGAAAAAUCAUUUCUAAAGUAA